CGGACGGAAGAUGGGAACAGCCGAUCUAUGGCAUAGCCUGCCUUGAUGUUUGCUCAUUGUGUAUGCAGGACUGAACAGGAUAUAAACUAGCCUCUGUUCACUGUCUACUCUCUGGAGUGUGCAAUCAAUUGCGUUAACAUUAAACGGUGGAUUUACUGUAAGAAGCAACAACCCUCAACUUGAACAUUUUGUUCUAACCUACAAAUUGGCGAACAACAAGCGAAAGUGAAUUUGACGCAGAAAAAUCAGAUGGAGGCAACAUACAAACAUUUGCGUAAUGUGGAUACCAAACCAGGUGGACGUAAAUAACACUGAGUUAUUAUUUGGAAUAGGAAUGUACUGUUGCGCCUGUUAUUAAUAUAGGCAUAUCUUUCCAUCAAAGCCCUUUACUUUGUUGGGAAUUGAAGAAAUGUAAAUGACCAGAGAUGUGUGUCAAUUGACAGCAGAAAGACAGAAGCUCUUCCCUCGGUGCGGUGUUAGAGCGCUCCUCUAGAUUAUCAGGACUUUCCAAUUUGCCAAGACACACGACUUUCCUCUCCGUGUGAUGUUGCCAUUUGCCACAGUGUUCAUUUUCACACUUCUGACAGGUGUCCACUGCCAGGAGAUGUCAGAAGACACCAAGAACCAAGCUCCCUUCCCUGUAUACCCCUCAGUAGGCUACCAGAUCCUCAAUGCAGACCACCUACUGCUGAGAGAGAAUAGCCAAGAGCUGCUGGGGAACUCUGGCCUGCAGGCCCAGAGGCAGGCCUUCCUCAUCACCAACCCUGGGGCGGGCCUCCUGCGGCCGGCCGUCAACGCCACGUAUGGCCCCCUGUCUGUGGAGAGGCCUAUCGGCCGAGAGCUGCUCCUCAGCGGCCGUAGGAUCCUUCCUGUCGUCCUGGCCCGCCAGGUCCGCUCCUCCACACCCAUUGUCAGAAUCCUCUUCCACAUGCCCAAUUUGGCCAGUGGAGGUGAUGCUGGGAUGAAGGCAGGGGUAAAAGAGGACAGGGGUAGUAGUGGGAGGAAGGGAGCAUCGGAGGAGGGGGCGCAUUGUGUGACGGCGUAUGCCUUCUGGGAGACACGGGAAGUGCGGGGGGCAUGCCUGCUGUCCCCAGGGGGAUUCUGUGUGGCCCAGUUGAAACCUGAGCCAGCCUGGUUCAGCCCCAGGGAAAGACUGGGAGAGGUGCAGGGGAAUCCCGUAGAGAUCUACUUCCAAAGCCGACGGGACCGGACGGGCCAGUGUGUGCCCCAGGACAGCCUGCAGCGUGUGGGGGUGGGGAGGGGCGGCUCAGUGGGGUCUGGUAUACCAUUGAGGAGGGUAGGGAGUGUUAACCUCCUAAAGGCCUCACCUGGGAACCCUACAUUUCUGCGUCUGAGACUAGGGGGAGCCUUGGUAGUCCAGACCUCCUCCAAACCACUGAGAACCACCGACUUGGCCACUUUCUAUGUGUUCCUGUCCAAUGUGUCUGCUGUGGAGAGCUUCACUCUUAGAGCCACAGUGAGGAAGGGGAUGUCAUUCAGUACAGCGAGGCCCAGUGACUCAGCCUUAUGGGACAUCGCCCUGGAGUCUGGCAGAGGGGGCGCAAACACCAUCUCUGCCGUGUGUCAGAGGAAAACCACCAUCACCGGGAAAAGGAUUGUCAGGGGUCUGUUGGAGGUAUUGCAGCUUGACUUUGAGACCAAGGAGUUGACUGAUCAACAAUCAGAGAGCCAGAUGAUCACAUGGCGUUUUGAGACAGGAAACAUCAAGGAUGUCGGCAUCAUGAGGAUCUAUACCACUCAGAGAGACUACGUGGGUCUGGCACCACUGGUCAUGGACAGUGACGUGCUGAACACAGCUGUUCUGACUGCUAAGAAGGUGUCUGUCCCAGUCAGGACUCUGGCUGUGGAGGCUGAUGGCUCCGUCACUGAUGUCACCAACUACACCAACUGCAGGUCCACUGAUGAAAAUGUGCUGAAGGUGUCGGAUCGUUGUGACUAUGUGUUUGUGAACGGGAAGGAGACGAGGGGGAGGGUGAGGAUGGUACUCAACUUCACCUACAGCUACCUGAGCGCCCAGCUGGAGAUGAGUGUGUGGAUGCCCCGCCUCCCCCUGGUCAUCGACGUGCCUGACCCCGAGCUCAGCCAGAUCAAGGGCUGGAGGGUCCCGGUGGCCGCUGGCAACAAGAGGACCAGCUGGGACAGUGAGGAAGAGGAGGAGAUGAGGAAGGGCAGAGGCUGCAUGCUACAGUACCAACACACUGUGGUUAGGGUGCUCACACCCUUUGUAGCUGAGCCGUCGGACCCAGCUCCAGACCCCAUGGCAGGGAAAGUGGGGGGGGCUUUGGAGAGUUUCCUGGGGACAGACUGGCAGGUGGAUGUCACCAGGCUGGUGCGUUACUCUUUCAGGGUGAGAGACCCAGCUAUAGCCAGACUACAGGCUGGGACUGUACUGCAGGGACGCGCUGCAGGGACCACGACACUACAGGUGAUGUCUCCUCUGUCUGACUCGAUCCUGGCUGAGCGGAUGGUCAGGGUACUGGAUGACAAAGUGAGCGUGACAGAGCUGGGAGUGCAGCUGGUGUCUGGCCUCUCUCUGUCCCUCCAGCUCAGCCCAGGGAGUAACAGGGCCAUCGUCGCCAUGGCUACCACACAGGAAGUCAUGCAGAAACCCAAGCAGGAGGCACUGGUCAGCUGCUGGGUCCAGUUCAGUGAUGGCUCAGUGACCCCUCUGGACCUCUUCGACCGCAGCGUCUACUCCCUGACUGUGACUUCAUGGGACGAGAGAGUGGCGACUGUGCGCCGGACCCCCCAGUCAGCUUUUAUGGUGGCGGAGGGCGAGGGUCAGGGGGCGCUGGUGAAGGCAGAGCUGAGGAUUUGUGAGGAGUGCCAGAAGUCCAAGAGAAAGAGCAAGCUGGUGGUGGGCAACGGGCUUCUCAGGGUCACUUUCCAGAUGGGCAGCAGGCCCGACGGAGGGGACACUGGUGGGGGUGUUGCUGAGUAUGGAAAUGAUGGUUCAGAGUCAGAGGGAGAGCCUAAGCCUGUUGUGACAUUACCAUGGGAGCCCACAGCAGUCGUGGCAUCACAACGAGAGCCUGAGCACAUUGUGACCUCACCACAGAUUCUAACUGAGGGGGGCGGAAACAGACGCUCGUUCAGGAGCACUGUGCCAGACCUCCAGGAGACCAUCAUGACUGACGUCACCACAUCAUCUAGCAGGGCUCAGGAAGUGGCUGGAGGUGGCAUCUCUACCAUCAGCACCACUACCACCAACACUGACAGUAGUACCACUACCAUGGGCAAACCUGGCACUGACAAACCUCUGAUGACUGGCAGACCUGGCAGGGAUAGAACCCUGGGAAGAGGACAGGGGCUGAGGAGAGACUGGGGAAACCUGGUGGAAAACCCAAACCAGAAGAAAGAGAUGCCCAAAGCAGAGGCACCACCCCAGAAAGAGCAGCCCAAGCAGUCCAAGCCACCGCUGGUGGUGGAGAGUGACCUGGUGAGGACAUUUAGAGCCAUGUCAGACUUAGAGAUCGGUAUCUUCGCCCUGGUGGGGGUCUCCGUGGUGGCCAUCCUGGCCUUCCUGCUAAACUGUACCUCCUAUAACCUCUGCUUCCGGGUCCACAAGACCCCCAUCCAGGGCAACCCAGAUCCCAACAGCCCUAAGGAGCACAGGAAUGACUGGGUGUCGCUGGGGACCACCACAGGUCCCCAAGUCUCCACCCUCAAGCGGGAGAACCACCGCUCAAUGGAGUCCAACUGCAGCCUGCAAAGUCACAGUUCCAUAGAUACCCACCGGGCCCUGGAGAGCAGUCUGAGUAUGAGUGCUAUCCCAGAGAGGACAGCCACCCUGGGAAGGAGGACCAGCUCCCAGCAGGUUUCCGCCCUGGACACCACUGCCCAGCGUUCAGCCACCCUCCUACCCAAGCCCACCUGCAGCGAUCCACUCCACUCCCCCACCAGCAAGAGGAACCAGGUCCAGUUCACCACCUUCACCACGCUGGACAUUAAGCACCUGGCUGCCCUGAAGAGGAACGAAGUGGACUUUAACUGGCCUAGUCAGGCUGGGGGAGCUGGGGAGCCUCAGGGGCCCCUACCUGACAUGCCAUGGCCUGUAGUCAGACCCCUGGGUGAGCCAAAGUGAGAUUCCACGUGUGUUGCGUGUGAGUGUGUGCGUGUGUGUGCGUGCGUGCGUGUCUGUGUGUGUGUGUGUGCGUGUACAUGCAUUUGUGUGUUCUGAACCUGUUUAAGUGUAUAAACUGUGUAGGUAGAGUAUACACAGAAUAGGUGUAUGGACACUGUCAUUCCAUUAUAUCACACAUAUUAUGUCACACAUAUUAUAUCACACACAUGAACAAUUUACACACAUGACCAAAUUACCAAAUGAAUGACCAGACCUCAUUAAUAUGGAAUGGUAAAAAAUGUAUAUUUCUACAGAUGAUUGUUUACACUGUUUUAAAUGCAGUUUAAUAAUGUUUAAUUUCCUUUCGCUUUUAUAUAUUUGUAUGACUCCUCCACAAAAUAGCUUCAGAUUUCACUUUGUACCAGUUGUUAGGGUAAUUGCAAUAUGAAAGACAUUAUUUGUAGUUGGUUAUAUACUUUCCAGCCUUUGUAUAUUUGUAUGAUUCCUCAUCAGAAUAGUUUAAACAUUUGUACAAUUGGUCAGAGAAAAUGCAAUAUUUAUGAAUAUUAUUGGAAAAAUGAUUUUAUACAGACCACCCUUUUGAAUGGACAUUUAUUCAAAUUGUAUGUGCUAUGCAAACACAGUUCAUGGUCAUGUAGAGUUUGAAUUGAAUAUUGGCAUCAACUAAACAAUGAAAAUACCUCUGCUACAAGAAUUGUCUUGGGGGAAAGAGUUCUUCCAUUUGAAAAAAAAAAUAUAUAUAUAUAUAUAUAUAAUCUUGUCCUCAACACAGAGCAAUACAUUUUAAAAGAGAGGAUUAUUUCAUGUGUAAAUGAAGACGAAUGGUGCUCUGUCUGUGCAAUGAUGUUUUGAUGUUCAAUUCCUAUGAGAUUAUCCAAUAAAUUACUGAAUGAAGGACCAAAUGGAUGGUUUGGG